AUGAAUACCAACGACAAGGCUAUCUCUCUAACCAGCUCUGACGACUGGGAGUCGUGGAACCUACAGUUCCAAGCCCAGGCCAUAGCCGGCGGCAUCUGGAAUGAAAUUCAGGGGGUGACCCCUUUCCUCGAUGAACCUACGGCUCCAAACCCUACGCACUACAAGCAUAAGGCUCCCAGCCAAUCCACUAUUACAGCUAGAGGUAGUACGGCAUCUAUGGCUGGCGACGACGAACUCGGCCCAACCAAUCAGCAACCAAGCCAACCAAUUACUACUGCGGAUCUAACGGCUGAUGGCCUCCGUACCCACCAAAUGGAUUGGACAGUCUACCAAGCCAACGACAAGAAGUAUAUGCAGCAAUUCGAGAGGGUUGAAAGGCUAAAGCAGUGGAUUCUGAAAACUACUAGCCCACACCUUCAACUUACCUCCUGCGAUCCAACCAAGCCUAUUCCACACUGGUAUACAGCCCUGAAAACACAGGUUGGAAUCAGUGAUGACGAAGCUCUUUAUAAUGCUCGAGAAGCCUACCGAGUGGCUACGAAGCCACUACUUCGAGCCCCUAAGGAUCUGAUCAAAUGGUCUGAAUCCUGGGAGCAAGCCAUAGCUAUGGCACAACGAAAAGGGGUUCCUGAGGCCCUGAGCACAAAGACUUGGCUAUUCGAUUUCCUGGAUGCAGUGAAGCCAACUCUUGGCCACUGGGUUACAUCGUACAAGUUAGCCAAAUCAGCAGAGUUAACCCUGAACUACCGUGCGGUGGCCAACGACUUUCGGAAAGAGGUGCGGCAAUCGACGAAGGCCCGCAUACCGGUUGGCAGCCGGAUAGCAAAAGGCUCGGUUGGCCCCUCUUUUGUAGCCAAAGAAGGCAAAUCAGUAAAAGAAACUGAUGCCUAUCCAGAGGACGCUCUGGAUAGCGAAGUCGAACCCGGGAGUGACGGGGGGGAACAAAAUAAUGGCCGGAAACGGCAGCGCGGAAAACCGAAAAACGGGCCAAAGAAGGCACCCGGUAUAGCCACUAUAUGCCCCUGUUGCGGCCAGUUCCACCAUCUAGAAAAAUGCUGGUAUACUUUCCCAGAAAAAGCCCCUGAUGGCUUUGUUGAAAGGGAACACCUUCGAAUGAGGGUGAAAGAAGCCCUUCUGAGUCCAGAUCUUCAAAAGGAAGUGGAAAGGCUAAAAACAAAGUCAAGUUGA